UGAGCCUCAGCCUGAGCGUGAUGGCGAGUUGGAGAGGGACGAGGAUAAUCAUGAGGCUGGGGUAGGUGACAAGAAAAAGGAGUUGGAUCCCAAUGGACUUUGGUUUGAAGACAAUGGAGUCAUUCGCAACAUGACUAAAUGCUUCAAGCAACAUUUCCAUCAUCCAUGGAGGAACUAUUCGCAGGUUGAUGACGAUACAAAAAACCUUUGGUUCUCUAUUUUCAAGGGCUCAUAUAAAUGGAGGGAGGAGCUUCAAUCCCAAGUGAGGUCUACAUACGACAGGAAAAUGGCCAAAAGAUUGAAAGAUAAUCACCACUCGAUAGUAAAGAAGAAGGGUGGUGUUUGUCCGACAUGGUUGUCUCUGAGCAUUCACGAGCAGAUGAUGAAGAAUGCUCAAGACAAGGAUUUCAAAGCACGAUCUCAGAAGGCUAGCAAGAACCGGCGAGGAGGUGACUUGACCAGCAGCGUACCUCCUUCUCAUGUCCAGGGUUCUAUUUCCUCAGCAGAGCGCGCCAAGAGAUUGGCCGCACAGCGUGGAGGGAUGCUGCCUUCCGUUGUGGACUUGUUCAUGGACACACACAUGAGGGAUGAGUCCGGAAAGAAGGUGCCGAUCAACGACAAAGUCCAAAAAAUCAAGAUAAGUGUCUUAAACUUGCUUAGAAUCAUACAACUAAGUAGUAGAAAGUUUAAAGGAACAUGAAACCCAAAAAAGGGCUCGAAAUGGCUUAGUUUCUCUCAUUUUCAUUGGCUACGUGUAUUUAUCUUGCUUAGAAUCAUACAACCAAGUAGUAGAAAGUUUAAAUGAGUAUUCUAGGACUUGCAUGAGCCAUUAGAACUUGGAAUAGGCAUAGAAGUAGGAUUAUAGGAACAUGAAACCCAAAAAAGGGCUCGAAAUGGCUUAGUUUCUAUCAUUUUCAUUGGCUACGUGUAUUAAACUUGCUUAGAAUCAUAAAACCAAGUAGUAGAAAGUUUAAAUGAGUAUGCUAGGACUUGCAUGAGCCAUUAGAACUUGGGAUAGGCAUAGAAGUAGGAUUAUAGGAACAUGAAACCCAAAAAAGGGCUCGAAAUGGCUUAGUUUCUCUCAUUUUCAUUGGCUACGUGUAUUAAACUUGCUUAGAAUCAUACAACCAAGUAGUAGAAAGUUUAAAUAAGUAUUCUAGGACUUGCAUGAGCCAUUAGAACUUGGAAUAGGCAUAGAUGUAGGAUUAUAGGAACAUGAAACCCAAAAAAGGGCUCGAAAUGGCUUAGUUUCUCUCAUUUUUAUUGGCUACGUGUAUUAAACUUGCUUAGAAUCAUA